AAUCCGUGCCAUUCUCAUCCGUCUGACCGUGACAACAGUGGCAUCCGCAGCUCGCCUACCUUACUCAUCUCCACAAUCUCGAUCUUACAUAUCUGCUUAAUAAAGCCUUCAACGACACCGUACACCAUAGUAUGGAUAACUGGGACCUCAAGGCUUACUUCCCGCAUUCGUCGGAUAAAUCGGCCCAAGUGAAGGAGUGCUUGGGGCGAUUCGACUUUGGCGCACUCCGUUCGUAUGCAUCCAAACUCCCAGCGCGGCAUGGACUGCACACAUGUCCAAAAAUUACGUGACACACGGGUGGAAAUACGUCGUGCGCGUAUUGCGGUUCAGUGAUUGCAAGACGCAAUGGGCAGUUCGAGUUCCGGUGCAGAAGCCCAGGCGGACUGCGGCGGAAUGGCUGCACAGCAAAGUCGCAGCGAUGAUGCUGGUGCGCGAGCGGACGCGCGUACCAGUGCCGAGGGUGUUCGGGUACCGCGCCGACGGCGACGGCGACGGCGACGGCGUCGACAAUCCCUUGGGCGCCGCCUUCAUGUUGACCGAGUUCUUGCCAUACAAUGCGAUUGUGGCUAUGGACCCUCGACGGCGGCCGGGAUGCUCACGGUCUCACCGCGGGUGCAUCCCACCCGAGCGACGACGCCACUUCCUCAGUCAAGUGGCCGAAAUUCAGGUGCAGCUGACGUCGCUGCGUUUCCCCAAGAUCGGCGUCAUUGUACGAAACGCUUCGGAUGGGACGUACGGCAUCGGGCCAUUCCCAGACAUUGGCGGCCCAUUCGACACAGCCUCACAGUACUUCGAAGCGUGGGCGCGGCACGCCAAGUAUACGUUUCCCGAGGAGGUCGUCAGGAAGGUGGUGGGCCGAGGGCCGGUCGAGGAGGUCCUGAAGCCAAUACAGGACUUCCCAUCCGCCGUGGGACGUUUGGCAGCCCGAUUGUCGUCAUCAAACUCCGGGCCUUUCCCCCUCACGCACCCAGACCUGCUCCACACACAUAUCCUUGUCGACAAGGAGUACAAUGUGAUGGUGCCCGCCGUCAUGGAUUCUCCUCUCAAUUUCGACAACAACGGCCAGCCGUUGGAUGCAGAAACGAGAGAAUGCUGGGAAGAGAGGAGGGCUUACGUGGAGAUGGUAGCGCGAGCGGAGAUGGACGAGGGCGCCGACUCGAAACUGUCCCAGACUCUAGCGGACGCAAGGGCGCAGGAUUUAGCGUACGCCCUCCGAUCGAGAUACGAACGUACCUCGUACCUGGAAAGAUGGCGAGGACGGGAGCGGCUUGACGUUGAGCGUGCUCUUGACACCAAACCCAAGAACGUAAUUAGUACCACUGAGGUCUCCGCCAAGUUCUUUGGCAAGUUCGCCCUAUAA